CGAACUUUCCUUGAUAAAGAAGACCAUUGCUUCCUAGCUUAUAAUAUCCCGUUUAUUUAGCUGGGGAAAUAGAUAUUAGCUAAGCAAAUUGAAGCUGUCACUGGAAAGAGGAACAUAAGCUAAGUUUUCCGUGCUAUUAUAACGAUGCUAACCGAACAAUCGCCUUUAGAAAAAUACCAGUUAGAUCAGUGCAUUGGGAAAGGAAACUUUGGUGACGUUUACAAGGCACACGAGCGGACCAGUUCUGAGGUGUUCGCCAUUAAGAUAUUGAAUUUGGAUGAGAGUAGUGAUGAUAUCAAGACCGUGCUCCAAGAAAUUGAAUUUUUAUCGAAAUUGAAGUCUCCUUAUAUCACCCGGUAUUACGAAACACUCAUUCAUGAUAUGACAUUAUGGAUAGUGAUGGAGCAUUGUGGAGGAGGAUCAUGUAUGGAUCUAUUAAGGUAUCAUAAAAAACUAAGUGAAGAAAUGACGCUGUAUAUAAUUAGAGAUACCUGUCGAGGAUUGAAAUACUUACACGACGAAAGAAAGGUCCAUCGGGAUAUCAAGCUGGCCAAUAUAUUAUUGACUCAGAAUGGAGGGAUCAAGUUAGCCGAUUUUGGAGUUAGCGGAGAAAUCACCUUAACGCAAGCUAAAAAGCAUACUUUUGUCGGUACUCCGUACUGGAUGGCCCCAGAAGUGAUCACCACGUCAUCGGUUGGGUACAAUCAAAAAGCGGACAUUUGGUCUUUGGGAAUCACUACAAUUGAGUUGGUAACCGGUAAACCACCGCUUUCACAGAUUGAUCCCAUGGAUGCAUUAUUUGAGAUCCCCAAGAAUGAACCUCCAUGUUUAGAAGGAGAAGAAUAUAGUGAUAAUAUAAAAGAUUUCAUCAAAUACUGUUUAAAGCUUAACCAUCGCCAACGUCCCAACGCCGCAACGUUAUUACAUCAUAGUUUUAUUAGUUGCAAGAAUGAAAAUCCAAAUAUGAGUUUUAGAUUAAGUCAAUUAAUUAGACAAAAACAAAAUUAUUUUGCUAAACAUAAUAGGGAAUCUCGUAAACCCCGACAUGAAAUUCUAAAACCACUUGAAGAAAACACCAUGAUUGAAUGGGACUUUAAUACCAAAAUGAGUUUUAAAACAAAACAAUCCUCAGUAGAAUUAAAGGACUGGCAUCAAAUCGACCUUCAUUACAAUGAAGCGUUCAUCUACUGCCUACAAAGAGUUCUCGAUAGAGCAAGAAACCCUUCAACCAAACUGGUGGUUAAUCUUUUAAUUCGUCAAAUGAUCGAGUACGAAAACCAGCAACCGGGACUCAGUGAAGCCAUCAUCGAAGAGCUCCUCAACUUCAAAGCCUUCAAUGAAUCCUCUUAGCUUAUCUCUCUCUAUAUAUACGCGGAUAUUCGUAUUUUAUAUUAUGUUUUCCUUGCAACCAUUCAAGAUGCCAAUAUCAACCCUGUAAAACCGCCAAAACCUGCGCUCACAUGCUCCUGGGGCCGCAUUGCGCCGCUGCACCAUAUACCCGUCCACCUUGUCCCAUUCCUCGCAUAAAGGGUCUUCCCAUCGGUUGUUGUCAAUGACACGGAAGGGAUAUCGGUGCUGGCUUUGUUACCUUCACCUUUUAACAGCAAUUGAAUCGCGGGUGCACGGGUCUGACAAGAAGGAGAACCUUUUGUUUUUUGUUCGCGACCGCGUUUGAA